CCUUCUCUUCUUCCUCGUUCCUCUUUCUCUUUCCAGCAGAUGGAGGAAAUUCAAUAAUUCAUUAGUUCUCUCUCUCCCCUUUAAACCUUAUCUUCUAUUGAACUGUUACAUAUACAUACCCCCGGAUCUGUAUCUAUACACCGAUUAGGUUUCGAUUCUUCCUUCCCCUCUUCCAAUAGCGGAGUAUUGAGUUAUGCAGACUGAUCCGGCGGCGGGAUUAAGCUUGAGACCUGGCGGCGGAAACCGAGGUGGAAGUAGACUGCUCGCCCCUCGCUUUGAUUCCUCCUUGUUGUCAACCAAUUCUGAUCUCUCUCUGCUUCGCCCCCAUGGCGGUUCCUCUGCUUUCUCUUCAUUCAAGGCUGGGGAGUCUCGAUUUGAGGGUCAGGAACGCAUUCGGUAUACACGUGAAGAGCUGUUAAGAGUGAGGGAUGAGGUAGGCGACAUUCCAGAGGGUAUCCUGAAAGCUAAACAAGAAGUUGAAGCCGAAUUAUUUGGUGAAGAUGCCAAUCAUGGUCGUGGAGAAACCAAUUUGCAAACUCAACCCCAGAGUCGUUAUGCUGAGCCUGACAAUCGUGACUGGCGCAAUAGGAACCCGCAGUUUUCUGCUCCCCAAGAUGAGAGGUCAUGGGAAUCUAUGAAAGAGAACAAGGAACUUGGUAUUAAGAUGGGAGAACUCAACUCACAGUUUGGUAGAUCCCAGAUCUCUCCCAACCAAGCGGGAGGACCUACCCCAGCCCUUCUCAAAGCUGAGGUGCCAUGGUCAGCAAGACGAGGCACUCUCUCUGACAAAGAACGUGUUUUGAAAACAGUGAAGGGGAUACUUAACAAGUUGACCCCAGAAAAAUUUGAUCUCCUAAAAGGUCAACUAAUUGAUUCUGGGAUAACAUCUGCUGACAUUUUGAAGGGGGUUAUUGGCUUAAUAUUUGAGAAGGCUAUACUGGAGCCCACGUUUUGCACCAUGUAUGCCCAACUGUGCUCUGAUCUGAAUGACAAGUUGCCUCCAUUCCCGUCUGAAGAGCCUGGGGGCAAAGACAUAACAUUUAGGAGAUUGCUACUGGAUAAUUGCCAGGAAGCUUUUGAAGGGUCUGACAAGUUGAGGGAAGAGGCGCGACAAAUGACUGCUCCCGAGCAGGAAUCUGAACGCAGAGAUAAAGAAAAGUUGAUUAAGCUGCGCACUCUUGGGAAUAUGCGUCUUAUUGGUGAGCUCUUGAAACAAAGGAUGGUUCCCGAAAAGAUUGUUCAUCAUAUAGUUCGGGAGCUGUUAGGUGCAGACCCUGAAAGCUGUCCGGAAGAGGAAAAUGUUGAAGCAAUCUGCCACUUCUUCACCACCAUUGGCAAACAACUUGAUGAGAACCGUAAGUCGCGGUUUAUUAACGACAUGUACUUCAACCAGCUGAAGGCACUCUCCACCAAUCAUCAACUUGCUCCACGGCUUAGGUUCAUGAUUCGUGAUGUUCUUGACAUGCGUGCGAACAAAUGGGUCCCACGGCGUGAGGAGGUGAAAGCCAAAACUAUUACUGAGAUUCACACGGAAGCUGAGAAAAAUCUGGGGUUACGUCCUGGUGCUACAGCAAGUAUUAGGAAUCCAAGAGGGGUCACUGCUCCCAGUCCUCAAAGCCCGGUCAGUUUCGUCCCUAACCGCAUGCCCGGGGCGCCUGGGGCACCUGGGGCAAGGAAGGUUUCUUCGUUUACUGGACUCGAGGACACCUGGGAGUUCCAACGAAACCGGUCAAUGCCAAGAGGUGAUGGGUCAAUGGUGCGGGGCCCUCCUCCGCCGCUCGUCAGCAAGCUACCGUUAUCAAACCAAACACUUCUUUCUCCAGGGGCCGGCAGUGACCUCAUCAGCGGUAGGACCAGCGCUCUCUUGCAAGGCAGUGGGGCCCCUUCUCACACUCGUCCCCAGAUCUCGGGCCCCACCAAACAACCACUGCCUGCACCAGCAGCAGCCAGAUUUAGUCCUGAGGAACUCAAGAGGAAAACUAAUGCGCUUCUUGAGGAAUAUUUCGGCGUCAGGAUAUUGGAUGAAGCUUUACAGUGCAUUGAGGAGCUGAAAUCCCCUGCCUACCAUCCUGAGGUUGUCAAGCAAGCCGUCUCCCUUGGACUGGACAAAAGCCCGCCGUGCGUUGAACCGGUCUUUAAGCUUCUCCAGUACUUGUUUGAGAAAAAGGUAUUCGAUUCCACGGUUUUGGGAACCGGUUUCACAAGUUUCGCUUCUUUAUUGGACGAUCUUGCCGUUGACUUGCCAAAAGCCCCAACCAACUUUGGGGGCAUCAUUGGGAGACUCAUUUUGUCCGGCGGGUUAAACUUCUCCCUUCUCCAAGAGAUUUUAAAGCAAGUUGGGGACACCCUCUACCAAAAAGAUGUGUUCAGUUCUGUGAUGAAGGUUUUGGAUUCAAGUCCAUCUGGGAACGCGGUUUUGGAUUCGCAUGCAACGGAUGUCGAGGCAUGCCGGAUAUUGCUCCAGUAAGCCGUUUAUUUUGUUGCAUGACGGAAUUGCCCUUGCUGUCUCAGAGCAGAAUAUAUACCUCAAGGCUUUUGGAGCUGGAGCUGUAAGCUUGCGGGGUGAUUUUUGUAUGUUUAUCGAGGCGGGCAGGGGCGGGUGGGGGGGGGGGGUAUUUGCGUCUUUUUAAGGGGGAGAAAAACAGUUGCAGUGGAUUUUGGUCUCUCAACCGCGGUUAAACGCGGCACGACCAUGGUCAAGCAUCCUUGUCGUGACCGUGGUGUUUUUUUUAUAUUUUCACUAGUUCUUUUUUUUUUAUUUUUCAAAAAAAAAAAAGAAAAAGAAAAAAUCCCAGUGCAUUGUUAAAAUUAAGUUUUGCUGAACUUGUGAGUGAUCAUAAGGUGACUCUGCUCCUUCAGUUAUACUCCGUAGCAUUUUUGGGUUGAGAUAUUACUAUUAUUGUUACAGAUUAUGAUUGUUAUUAUCAUUGUACUAUUUUUUUUCUGGGAUACCAAUGUUGUUUUUUGUUAUACGGUGCUACUAUUACUAUAUAUCUUUGCAAUAAGAUCUUUGAUUUUGC